CGGUUAUGAAAGCGAAACAACUAGGAAAGUUGUAAAAAUGGAGCGUUGGGUAGGUCGCGUUGCGCUGGUUACCGGAAUGUCUUCUGGCAUCGGGCGGGCUAUUGCCAAGUCGCUUGUAUGUCAUGGAAUGAAAGUUGUGGGUUGUUCAAGAAAUAUGGAUCGGAUGAAGGCAGUCCACUUGUUAUACAGUAUCUACCUUCGAGUAUUGCCAGUGGCCAAGCAUAUGCUUUCUUGCCUCACCAGAGCGAGGUUACCCAAUACCAGUUCCCCAUGGAGUUCGCCAGUUUGGAGCUGGCCGACAGUUUGGAUGGGGAAAAGGGGUCACUGACGCCCAUAGUGUGUGACGUCAGCAAGGAAGAGCAGAUUCAAGCCAUGUUCGAACAGAUCCGGUCACAACUCGGGGGUGUGGACGUUUGUGUGAACAGCGCGGGCCUUAGCCAUGACGCCCCUCUGUUGACGGGUGCCACUGAACAGUGGAGAAAUAUGAUGGAGGUGAACGUGCUGGGACUGUGCGUGUGUACCCGGGAGGCUGUCAAGUCCAUGCAUGAGAGGGGUGUGGAUGAUGGCCACGUCAUACAGAUAAACAGUGGAGUAGGACACAAGCAGUAUGCGAAUAACCCAAGUGGACAUUUCUACAGUGCAACAAAGUUUGCUGUUACAUCUUUAGUCGAUGGCCUAAGGAAUGAGUUGUAUGCCUCCAAAACCCAUAUCCGCGUCACAAGCAUCAGUCCUGGCCUUGUAGAGACCGAGUUUUCACACCGGAUGUUCACGCACAAACAAGAAGUCGCCGUGGCAAAAUACAGCCAAUUUGAGAAUCUGAAGCCAGAAGAUAUUGCGGACGGUGUGAUAUACGCACUCGGUGCUCCGAAACACGUGCAGGUCCAUGAAGUUAUGAUCAACCCAACGGAGCAGCCGUAAUAUUCGGUGUCCUGUUGAGGUUUUCGACUAAGUGUUCAUAGUUCGCCGAGUUAAAUGAACUCCAGCGAGACUUCUACCAAAAUGUAUCUAAGGAUAGUCUCAAUAUGACUGGGAAUGACUGUCUGUUUAAACUCAUGUCCCCUUAAGCAUAUAAAUACAUUGAGGGAACACACCCCAUAAUGAUACCUAUGGGUGCGGGCAGACCUUUAUAAACUCCUUAAAUUAUUUACAUUUCGCCCAGUCAUUGUGUCUUUUUUGUUUUUCCAAUGUUAUCAACUUUAUAUAAAAUACAUUUAUCUUCCAUUUUGACUAUCAUAUACACGGUGCCUAUUUUAAAGUUUCUACAAUGUGUACAUAUUUCGACCAGUGCAAUUAUUAAUAAACUUCCAAAAUUAA